ACAGACGCUGGGGAAACGAGUCCCGGUUGUAGCAUGAUGCCUUAGAUUGGAGCGGUUUCUGAUAAAACACAGGGGAAUCUUAACACGAAUCACUUGGAUGUCAGAUCAGUGUCCGCGUCAACAAGCCCAUCCCAUCAAGAUCAUUUGGGAAAUGCUUUCUGGAUAUGAAAAUGAAUUUCUUUUCCAUUUUUCGAAAACCUCUACAUUAAAGGAAUUGUUAUAAACUAUUGUUCGCGAAGUGAAUAGUUCUGACGGUUAUUGUUCCUCCGUGAAAUGGCACUUCACAAGGAUUCUACCGACGGAUGUGUUAAAUGUAACGUAAGCACGAUGUCCGAGAUUUACGUUGACGCUACACAAAGCUCGUUAAAUACCUCCACGUUUUACACCUAUGAUUACGACUAUUCGGAUUAUUCACUUCCCCUACAGGAAAUCGUCCCUGUUGCUCUGGUUUACGGGGCAACAUUGGUGCUGGGAAUUGUCGGCAAUAUUCUGGUGAUUUUCUCCGUAACUCGUUUUCAAAGACUGAAAACUAUCACAAAUACAUUCCUUGUCAGCCUGGCGUCCGCCGAUCUACUCGUUAUCAUCGUAUGUGUCCCCACAAAGUUUGCGGCUUUCUUCACCUUUACGUGGCGCCUGGGAGAAGUCAUGUGUAAAGGUGUACACUACAUCCAGAAUGUAUCCGCUAUCUGCUCUGUCACAACACUUACUGCCAUGAGUUUAGAAAGGUACUACGCUAUCAUACACCCCGUCCGGGCUAAGUACGUGUGUACUGUUGGAAGGGCACAGCGACUUAUAUGCAUUUUGUGGGUAGCGGCGUUCGUGCUGGCCUGUCCUAUCAUCAUUGGCCGGGAACACCUGGAGGUUCAUGGAAUACACAGAAAAGCUACUUGGUGUAAGAAAAACUUCCAGUCCGUAGGGAUUUCUAUUCUCUACGAAGUCUUCAUGCUGAUGGUCAUACUUAUCAUCCCCGUCAUCGUCAUGUCCUUCGCGUACCUCAACAUAUGUAAGGAACUAUGGAAUAUCGCCUCGCAACAACACUGUCCCUGCCCAUCUAAAGGCGAACUAAGCAAAGCUAACUCCAAUGACAUGGUUACAAUAACGACGCCAAGAAAGUCAAAAGACGACAACAAAAGCAAGAAACAGGUUAUCAAAAUGCUGGUUGCUAUCAUCAUCAUUUUCAUCAUCUGCUGGGCCCCUUUACUCAUCAACAACGUUCUUGUAGGAUUCAAGCUUUUGCCUGAUCUGAAUAUCGAUCAUCACAAACACAUCCGCGAGGCUCUCCAUAUCAUGGCGUACUCCAAUAGUUGUGUCAAUCCAGUCGUCUAUACAUUCAUGUCACGCAACUUCAAGGAAACAUUCAAACAGACCUUAUGUGGUUGUCUGCGCAGGACCAGGCGUUACAGGAAGAAUACAUUGGAAGCGGGAACGUCAUUCCACAAUGGCAAAACAUACAAUACUUCCAUUAAUGGAGAUUCAAGUGUAAUUGUCAAUAGAAAUGCAGUGGAGUUGUCAAGUUGUCAAUACGGAACCACCGCGGAGACCGUGUAAUCCAUGAUAGUGUGGCUUACAGAGAAACAGCGGAACCCGUGUAUUACAUCAUAGGUGUAUUACGUCAUAGUGUGGUUAACAGUGGAACAGCGGAACCCGUGUAUCACGUCAUAGUGUGGUUAACAGUGGAACAGCGGAACCCGUGUAUUACGUCAUAGUGUGGUUAACAGUGGAACAGCGGAACCCGUGUAUCACGUCAUAGUGUGGUUAACAGUGGAACAGCGGAACCCGUGUAUCACGUCAUAGUGUGGUUAACAGUGGAACAGCGGAACCCGUGUAUCACGUCAUAGUGUGGUUAACAGUGGAACAGCGGAACCCGUGUAUCACGUCAUAGUGUGGUUAACAGUGGAACAGCGGAACCCGUGUAUCACGUCAUAGUGUGGUUAACAGUGGAACAGCGGAACCCGUGUUUCACGUCAUAGUGUGCUUAACAGUGGAACAGCGGAACCCGUGUAUUACGUCAUUGAAGCAAUGAACAGUGGUUUUAAUGUUGUUAUAGUCGACAUGGCAGCAAGAUGUAUGGUGGGCAAAUGGCAUGUGAACCUUACCAUACAUCUUGCCUCUAUAUCGAUUAUAACAACAUUAAAACCACUGUUCAAUACUUAUAUUAGCUAAACCAAUACAAAACAUCCCGCCUUUUUUUAAUGUCACAUGACCCACUGGGUAUUAUAGCCUGAGGCAAUGGGUGUUAUAGGCGUAUGGUGGCAACUGUCUCUUAGCAUUUUGUCAAUGGGGAAGUGCGGAGCAAAUGUAAAUAUAGUGUGUUUAACAGUUGAACAGCGGAACCUUUGUUAUCCGUGGUAGUUUGCUUAUUCAGGAAUAGUGUAGUGUACAGUGUAAUGGCGGGGUCACAGUAUCGUGUGUAUAACUAACUACAUCAUGACGUAAAACGAAACACAAAGUGUUUGUAACUGGACACAUACAAAUACCACAGUACAUGUACGCAAGAGUGUGUGUAGGAGCACGUCCUAACAUUGAUGACAUAUGCGAUGUAAAUAGUUUCAGAUCAAUUUUAUUGUAUUAAAAUU